AUACAAGCCGAGAGCCACAUUUGCCCUCAGUCACGGACUUAGGGGUACACGAGGAGGAGAGAAAGAGAGAGAGAACAAGAACCACACACAUACAGACAGGCACACAUACGGACACACAGUCACCAACACUCGGGGGAUAGUGAGUGCAAAGCCUCUGCCAGCCAGGCACCUCUGCUGAUCCCGUACGCGACACACAGAAACACACACACACAGACAAGGGUCGACAAGAUGAUGAUGAUGCAGGGAGGCUAUGACAACUUGGCCAGACAGCGUCAGCAGCAGGCCAUGGCGCUGUGCCGAGAGGCCAGGGGAGAGAAACUGAACCUUGGAAAGAAAAUUAGCACUCCAAGAGAUGUGCAGCAGGAGGAACUGAAUCUGCAAUCCAACAGAGGAUCCAGAAUGUUCCAGCAGAGACUGAACCGGAUGGAGAAAUUCACCCUGGAGAACACCGUCAGCAGCGGUGAAGCGGCACCUGCCACAGCAGAUGCUGGCCAGUACAGCGAGAAUCAGCCUGACAUGAGCCUGACCACAACAGAGACUGCACCGGGCAUGCAGGUGGGCAAAGAGAACUUCUCUCACAUCGUCCCAGGCAAGCAGAGCCUUGUCAACACCCUGAAGAGGACCGUGGCCAAGAAGGGAAGCCCCAAUGUCAUCGCUCCAGGCUACUCCGGCCCACUGAAAGAAAUCCCCACAGAGAAAUUCAACUCCACAGUGAUCCCCAAGUUGUACUGCUCGCCGUGGAGGGAAGCACUGGGAAGAAACAGCGAAGAGUUCACGGCAGACUUCAACGCCCAGCUCCCAGAGCCCCAGAAGGUGCAGCCGGUGAAUUACAAGAGUUUCAACAGGGCGGCCAUGCCAUUUGGAGGCCCAAUGGCCAGCAGACGUGUCAUCCCCGUAAUCAACUAUGAGGAGGUGGAAGCUCAGAACCUUCCGGGCUCCGUACAGGACCGCAUCGCCCAGCGGCCGACUUUCAACAGGGCGCCCCGGGGGUGGGGCAUGGCUUACACCCCGGAGUCUUCGGAGCUGUGACAUGUCAACACCACCACCAGAGGACGACGUGACGUCACAGUGUACCAACGAACCCUCAUGGGGCAUUAAGAGUCCUGGGCUAAAGACUGAGCUUUUUGAGUUUUGCUCGCAGCUGCGCUUACAGUGUUGUCACUGAGAAAUUGGAUGUAUGCGUGUGUGUGUAAGUGGGAUAAGAAAGGACUUCUGCCAUCACUGGUGUAGGCAGACAGAACAGGGGUUAAUAUGAGAGUUCAUACAAGUAUUCUCAAAAAUGUUAGCGCUUCUCUCUCGCUGGUGUUUUAAGAACCAAAAUGGUCCUAUGUUGUCAUUUUUAACCCUUGUAAGGCAUUCAAUGUUUUUGUUACAUAGAGGGUUUUCUGGUCCUUUGUACCCAGGCUUAUAGAAAAAUUCUAAAAAAGGGGAAGAAAAAAACAGCUCACACUAUUUUUUUCUCUUCAUGUUCCUCACAGAAAAUGAGCCAAGGCCAGUGAAUCUCAAUAUGCAAGAAUAAUUCAUACAUCAUUUUUGUCAAGCAAAAAAACUUAAAAUGGGUUCAUAAGGCCCAAACACCUUACAAGGGUUAAGUGAACCAACAUCUUUGCUGAAAUGAG